AUGCUUAACAGGGUUGAUCCUUCGAAUCUAGUGUUUGUGGCUUACUUACAAACCAUUGAUACUUCUGUGGAAACUGGGGUUUUAUUGCCAAGGGAGGAGAAACAGUCCAAACGAUGGAAGAAGAGUGAUGCUAGUUCUUAUGAGAAACCUGUAAAGGAGUCUAAGCCUAAAAAGUCUGCAAAUAAGAAGCCAAUUAUUGUUGAAGAGUUUGUUUUACCUGAAGUCUCUACUGCUGAAACUAAAAAAGUUGAUCCAGUUGUUGACGAGAAAGAAGAAGAAGAGAUUAUUCCUUCGAAAACUGGAGUUCUUCGUAGAAUCAAGAUGAAGUCUAAACAUCUACGAAAGUCUUCAUCUCCUCAUGUUGUACGAAAGCAACAGGUAACACAUCAAGGAGUCUUAAUCCGUGAAGUUACAGCACUUGUUUCUCCUUUGUCAAAGAAACGAAGGGUCGAGGAUAUGGCAAAGCAGAUUUCGAAGAAGCAGAAAAAGAAGACUCGUAAGAUAAUCCUUUCACCAGAGUCAACUGAAGAAGAUGAAACUAUUCUUGCAACACCAGAAGCUAAUCAAGAAAUCUUAACUCAUGAUCAGACAAAAGAUAUACCACCUAAAGUUUCGAAUGUCGAGUCAUCUAAUGAGGAGACACAAACUUUGGACAUCACUGUACACGUAUCUAAUACGGAUACAAAUGUCAAUAAGGGUGAGGAAAAUCCGAAGACUACUACUCAAGGUGAUUCUGAAACUUUUGUCUCACUACCUCCACAAAUUAUCCCAAUCUCUUCAACCACUAAUUCACCAACAUUCCUACAAAUUAUCAAUAAAACAUUCACUUCCAUAUUCUCUUCACAAUCCACUGAUCCACCUAAAACUAAUUCUCCUGGUCAAGAAACUGUUGAGAUGGAAACUGACACUGACAAUGAAGGUUUUGGAGGAACUUUUGAAAAUUUAUCAUUUGAUGAUGAAGAAGAAGAAUUCCCUGAUCAUAUGCUUAUGAAGAUGAAGCAAUACAAAAUUUUGAAUUCGAAGUUGAACUCCAUUAUUCAAUCACAGGCUGACUUAGGCGGUGGUUCAUCAGUGUCUAGUUUGGAAGUUGACAUGAUGCUGAAAAUGUUCGAAGCUAGGGUUAUUAGUAAAGUUUCUGGGAUAAUGAGGGAUUCAGAAGCAAGAGUGUUGGAAAAGACAUGA